GUAGCUGCCAGCUUUGAAUUAUCCGCCCCCUCUCACUACACCUUCACUGUUUUUAAUACUUUUAUUAAUUUCAAUUGAAGUCGUAAACUAGAGAGAGAAACUAGAGUAAUGGGCGACGAAAAAUCUCCGAGCAGCAGAGAUCGAGAACUGCUCAUUCCCGUCGCCAACACCGCCAACGAUGACGGCGGCGCCUCGUCUAAACCCUCGCCGUCGUCCACGUCAUCCUCUCACAACUCCGGCCGUGAGACUUUCUACAAAGUUAUCAGGAGUUGGGCUUCUAAAAAGUUCAUGACAGGAUGUGUCAUUCUAUUGCCGAUGGCUAUUACUUUCUACAUAACAUGGUGGUUUAUACAUUUUGUGGAUGGAUUUUUCUCUCCGAUCUAUGUUCAUCUCGGCAUAGAUAUAUUUGGUGUUGGAUUUAUAACUUCCAUCAUGUUUAUAUUUUUGGUUGGGGUAUUUAUGUCAUCUUGGUUGGGUGCAUCUGUUCUGAGCCUUGGUGAAUGGUUUAUUAAACGAAUGCCAUUCGUUCGUCACAUCUAUAAUGCCUCUAAACAAAUUAGUGCUGCCAUAUCUCCAGAUCAAAACACACAGGCGUUUAAGGAAGUUGCUAUAAUUAGGCAUCCUCGUAUUGGUGAAUACGCAUUUGGGUUCAUUACUUCAUCUGUCACUCUCCAGAAUUAUUCAGGAGAUGAAGAGCUAUAUUCGGUUUAUGUCCCAACAAACCAUCUUUACAUUGGCGAUAUCUUCUUGGUCAAUUCAAAGGAUGUUAUCAGACCCAACUUAUCUGUUCGUGAAGGAAUAGAAAUUGUGGUAUCUGGGGGAAUGUCAAUGCCGCAAAUACUAUCAACUUUAGAUUCGGAUGUUAAUCUGGACCGACCUAGAAACAACAGAAGCUGAGGAGACAUGAGGACCGUAAAUGCAAGUCGAGUUAAUUUCAGUCAUUGGAUGGAACAAUGGUUUCUUUGUUUGAUUUUAUCUGAUUAUUUUUAUUUUUUAGCAACAGGAUCUGAUUGCAUUAGUGUAUAUGAACAUAGAGAAGUAGUCGUUUAUGUUGUUUGUUUUAUACAGUCGGGAAUCGAAUUUAACGGCCCCUGUGAAUCAUGUAGAUAAAAAGCCAGAUUUUUGCUGUUUGAAAAGGUCUUGUUUGAUUGAAAAACUUGAACCUUUUAUUAUAUUUAUAUUUCUUAUACAA